AUGGGUGAUAACCGGAUACAUGGCAAGUUACCUACAAGCAUAGGCGAAAUUCCGGAUUCAAUUGGAAAGCUAAAAGACUUGUCACAAGUUCAUCUCAGUUCCAAUAGUUUGUCAGGUAAAAUUCCUUCUUCCCUCGGAAAUCUCACUUCUUUGAGUGAACUCUAUUUGGAUGGAAACAGUUUACAAGGAAGCAUACCUUCAAGCCUUGGCAACUGUCUGAAGUUACAAGCACUGACACUUGCUCAUAAUAAUCUUAAUGGUACCAUACCAGAAACUAUUCUUAGUAUUCCAUCGCUCUCGACACUAGUUGAUCUAUCUCACAACUCUUUGAGUGGUCUUCUACCACCACAAGUGAGUAGAUUGAUAAAUCUUGGUGAAUUAUACCUGUCUGGGAACAAAUUAGCUGGAGAAAUUCCUAGCACACUUGGAGAAUGUGUUGUUUUGAGAUACCUCUUCUUGAAUGGCAACUCAUUUGAAGGCAUCAUUCCUCAGUCUUUGAAAGAACUAAGAGGCCUACAAGAGUUGGACCUUUCGAGUAACAAGUUAACAGGAAAAAUUCCAACAUUUUUAGGAAGGUUACCUUUUCUAUACAAUUUAAACCUUUCUUAUAAUGAUUUUGAAGGUAAAAUACCUGAAGAAGGUAUGUUUAAAAAUGCAAGUGCAUUGUCGAUUACGGGAAACCGUAACUUGUGUGGAGGUAUUUCUACUCUGAGAUUACCGGUUUGCAUCACACUGCCGCGGCCGCUUACAGUAGCCUCUGCAAAACACAGAAGAUCUAUCUCCCCUAAAGUAAUAAUUUCAUUGGUUAUUAUGAUCAUCUGUUUAAUUCUACUUGUUAUGUAUUUCGUUGUUCGGCGUUUUUGUUGUUCAAGAAAUAAGCCCACUUCUAGCGCUUCGCUUGAUCAACAAACGCAGAGCGUAAGGAUUUCUUACGCAGAACUCCUUAAAGCAACUAAUGGGUUCUCUUCAGAAAAUUUGAUUGGUUCUGGUGGCUAUGGUUCAGUAUAUAAAGGAAUUCUAAGUUACAAUUGUAAUGAAAAAGUUGUUGCUGUGAAAGUACUCAACCUUCAACAGGAAGGAGCUUCAAAGACAUUCAUGGCUGAAUGCAAUUCAUUAAGAAAUAUUCGACACCGGAAUCUCAUAAAGAUUUUGACUGUUUGCUCUGGUGUUGAUUAUAGAGGAAAUGAUUUCAAAGCUCUUGUUUUCGAGUUCAUGGCUAAUGGAAAUCUGGAGGGCUGGUUACAUCCCACCCCACAAGCAAAUGGGAAAAAUGUACCGAAGAACUUGAGUCUCUUGCAGCGAUUAAACAUAGCAAUAGAUGUUGCUUCUGCAAUGGAUUAUCUUCAUCAUCAUUGUGUAAUACCAAUUGUUCAUCGUGAUAUAAAGCCUAGCAACAUUCUCCUCGACGACGACAUGAAUGCCUAUGUUGGUGAUUUUGGACUAGCCAAGUUUCUUCCUGAUUUUUCCAAUAGUUCUGGCCAAAUGAGUUUGACAACCGUGGUGAAGGGAUCUACUGGGUAUCUUGCUCCAGAAUAUGCAAUGGGAGGCAAAGUGUCCACCCAAGGUGACAUAUACAGUUUCGGCACCGUUUUAUUGGAGAUGUUUACUGGAAAAGGACCAACAGAAGACAUGUUUAAGGAAGACCUAAACCUUCACAAUUUUUCAAAGACGGCUUUGUUAUCUGAGGAUCAAGUUAUGGAGUCGGUAGAUGAACGACUGAUGAUUGACAAAGGAGAACAUGGUCAAGAAACAAUCAACAAUGACGGAAAACUUAAGGAAUGCUUAUAUUCGGUACUUAAAGUUGGAGUUUCCUGCUCUGUUGAAUCACCGGAAGAACGAGGUGACAUCAGUGACAUUCUUAUGGAAUUGUCUGUGAUCAGGGACAUGAAACUACAGAAGCAGCCUUAGUUUAGUGAAAGGUUUACCUCAAGCUUAGUAGUUUACUCCUUAAGUUUCAGUUAAGAUAGGCCUGCUUUACUAUUGUAGGAAAUCUACCAAGUUGUACUCCCUCCGUCCCAAAAGAGUGACACUUUUUCUCUCUCUCUUUUUUUUUUGUCCCAAACAAAUUGACACUUAAGUUGUAACAAGGCAACACCAAGGUUUUAUGCGUAAUUUUUCGACUCACAAGUGCUCAGCCUUACAAGCUUGCAACAACAAGUGCAAACAACUACAAUUGCCCGGAUUGGCAAUCGAAGACUUGUUAUUUUCUCUCUCAACUCUUAUUACAUCCCAUACUGCAAUAGAGGUCCUGCCAUGCUAUUUUACUUCAUGGGAUUAAGGAAAUAUAGACACAAUGAAAUGAACACAGGAGCUAUAUGCAA